AUCCAAAGAAGUAUGAAAAAAUCUUCAGUGGAGAUCACCUGAAAGAACAUCAGGGUAUAAGUACUGGUGACAGGAGUAUAAGUGAAAAUAUUCUGACAAGUGACAAGAAGAUACACACUGUGGAGAAACCUUACAGAUGUACAGCAUGUGGUAGAGGAUUUGCACAUAAAAGUAAUUUGAAUAGUCAUGAGAAGAUACACACUGGGGAAAAGCCAUACAGUUGUGCAGUUUGCGGCAAAGGAUUUUUGAGUAAAAAUGGUCUAAACAUUCAUGAGAAGAUACACACUGGGGAGAAGCCAUACAGUUGUUUAGUAUGUGGAAAACAGUUUGUAUGUAAAAGUAACUUGAAGAAACAUGAGCAGAUGCACAUUGAGGAGAAACCAUAUAGUUGUGUA